UACCACAAUGUUGAAGGAAAUAGCUGUCAUCCUUGGAUUGUGUCUGGUCCUUGUGUCUGCAAGGACAAGCUGCAAAAGAGAUGACGAAUGUGGAAGUGGGGAGUGUUGUUACUACCACGAGGGACCAAUGAUCAUGAGCCGUAAAAGACAGCAGCUCAACCAGAUAGCACUACCACAAGAUCUGAUGAAUCUGCACCAGGGAGGCUAUUGUGAGCGGUACAAGCUUGAGAACGAGAGUUGUAACAUGUUUGGUAAAAUGAAUGGUCACUGUGAAUGCGGGCCAGGACUGUCCUGUCAGUUCGUGUCAUCCGGGCCGGCUUUAUUGGGUCCCGACUCUAUUGUCGCCAGCAAGAGAAGCAUGGUGUACCAGGGACCCGGCAGAUACUUGUGUGUUCAGCACUGAAUAAAGAUAUGAUUUAAAUAAGA